AGAGAGAGAGAGAGAGAGAGAGAGAGAGAGAGAGAGAGAGAGAAAGAAUUUUUCCUACGAAGAAAACUACGUCACAAGGCUGUUCUCUGAUCUCAGCUUCUUGUCUCGAGGUAACAUAAUAUUAAAAAAAGAAGAAGAAUAAAAAAAUAAUAAUAAUAAGAAUAAAAAGAAGAAGUAACAUUGACGUUCAUUUAGUCUAAGACUGAUAUUAACGAUAAAAAUAUCGUCGGAUCGGAUUCCUAAUAACGUAGAAAGAAGAGAAGGAAAAUAAGAAAAUAAGAAAGAGACCGAGUGACCGCCAUUUGCGUUCUACAUUACCGACCGUUGGGAAUUAAGGUAAUAGUAGUUACCACAGAGACCUCUCUCUCUUAAUCUCUAUCGAUAAAUCGAUCGAUAAAGUCACGUGGGGAUACGAAAGUGUAUAAAAGGAGUGUAAAAAAGAGAGAGAGAGAGAGAGAAAGAAAGAGUGAAAAAAAAAAAAUGUCUCUGAUCAGUAAGUGCGGUAGUAUCGUCGUCGGCAGAGCUGUACUCUGUUGUCGUUUAAAGACAUUCGACGGAACGAAAUUGCAUCUAAGAUGGUCCUCGUCGAGUUUCAAUGAGAAACACAGGCAGAACGUUAACAAUAAUGAUAUCAUAAGAAAGUCAGUAUUUAUAUCGCAAUCGAAUGAUGUGUUCACCAAUCUAGCAUUGGAGGAUUGGUUAUAUCGUAAUUUUGACUUUACGAAUCAUCAUGUAUUGCUCUUGUGGCGUAACGAUCCAUGCGUCGUAAUCGGCCGUCAUCAAAAUCCUUGGCUCGAGUGCGAUACACGUAUUACGGAGAAACAUGGUAUAGCGUUGGUACGGCGUAACAGCGGUGGCGGUACCGUUUAUCAUGACAACGGCAAUUUAAAUCUAUCAUUUUUCACACCGAAACAAAGAUACAACAGGAGAUACAAUUUGGAUAUUAUUACUAGAGCAUUGUAUCGUGAAUGGGGAUUGAAAGCUGUUGUCAACGAACGAGAGGAUAUAGUCGUCGAGGGACGAUAUAAAGUAUCCUUUGAUGUAUCUGGUACAGCAGCCAAAUUAGGACGACCCAAUGCUUAUCAUCAUUGUACGCUCCUAGUUGCAUCUAAUAAAACAUUGUUGAGUAUGAUCCUUGAAAGGAAAGAGACUGGAAUUAAAACAAACGCUACAACGUCAACCCGUUCUCCCAUAAAGAAUCUAACGGAAGUUAAUUCGGAGGUACAAGUAGAUAAACUGAUAAAUACCUUAGGUUGGGAAUAUUUACGUACAAAGCCACUUGUCCUCGAAGAUGGUGGUUACGAUCAUAUACAAGAACAAAAAGGAUUUCAAUUGAUUAAUCCGACCGAGGAUUGGUUCCCAGGUAUAGACAAAUUGAAGGAAGAAUUUCGUUCGUGGGAAUGGAUAUAUGGAAGAACACCAGAAUUUUCGGUAACGAAGACCUUCGAUAUGCCAGCGUCAAAUGGAAAUCUUUAUAGAGUUAAUUUGACUCUAGAGAUACAAAAGGGUAUAGUAGAAGAAAUUAGAAUGAGUUUGCCAGCCAAUUUGGCAUCACCCGAUUUAAAUCAAAACGCAAACGUAUUCACGAAUCUACGGGGCGUUAAAUACGAUAGCGAAGUUAUGGACAACAUAAUCGCAUUGAUCAGUUGCAAGAAUUUCUCUGAGAGUAUGUCUCAGAAUACAAAAAAAACGAACAUGGUCGCGACGCAGUGAUCGAUCGUUAUUCCUUUGAACGAUCUCAAGAAGUAACAUCGAUAAGAUAGGAUGAAGGACAAACGAAGGAAUCAAUUAUCGUUUAUAGAUAACGUGUUUCCGAUGACAUCACAUUUUAUCUAAGAUUCGCAAGCCUCUGUAUUGUAACUAUAUUUUUAUUUUAUUUUA